UAUCCAGGGCCAGGCGAGAGACAUGCACCCACACCUGCCCGUGCAGCAGCCGACGCCGCAGGGGGUGUAGCUCGAUCGCAACGCUUGAUAUAAUGCAACGACCCAGUCCGCCGUGCCCGCCGACGUCCCGCAACAUACAUAUUUAUUGCGAACCCGAAAAUGCGGGCUGAUCCCCGCGCACCGUUUGGCGAUCUCGCUUGGCCUUUCCUCCUCCUUGUACCGAACUUUCGCCCUUCUCAGAAUGUUCACCUCUGGUGGCCGCACAUCAGGGCAUACAGUACGCCUUACCAUGCGUCAUCCGAGUAUUGGCUGUUAUGACCCGUCUGCUCCUGUCUGCGUCUAAUCGCAGACCCUCAUCCCAAACCUAACACAACGCGUCUGCUCUCUCCUCAUCUCUCUCCGAGCAAUAAGAUAGGCAUCAUACUGCCCCCUUCCCACCCGUCCCGCCCCAUCCUACUCAUCCUCGAAUCCCUGCCUGCUUGUCCCUCUCCCUUGUCUUUGUGCACUCUACCGUCUGCCUAUCUUCAACUGUCCCAGGGGCAUCGUCACGCUCGACUCGACUUCACUCCACUCCACCCCAACCACGCCAUACAUACACAUAAACACACCCAGCCAUUCAUCGUUUGGUUAUUCCGGUCCUUUUUUUUUAUUACCUUCUCGCUGCCAAUUCAGUUGUUUUGUUCGACCGUGUGUCGUUGGUGUC